AUGACUGUUCCUGUCCCUGUCCCAUCCUCGGCCCCGGCCGUCGCCACCACCACCACCGACGAACUCAAGUCCGCCGCCCUUCAACAUCUUAACGCCUCUAUUAUUCCAACCAACUCUGCUACCGCCGACUCAGAUUGUGCUUCUACCACCAAUGAUGCCACCCACAGCCUCAUUCAAGUAGUCUCCGCCGCUUCCGCGCACCUUCACAACAACGAAGCUGGAUUCGAGAACGACGCAUUCUUGGACACUACCAACGAUACGCAGGAAGCCGGUUCGUUCGAGGGUCCCGAGAAGCUACUCGAGAUCUGGUUCGGCCCUGCUCCGUACCUCCUGCAGGGCAUUCGAACCACCCCCACCGAGCUCCAAUCGACCGAGACCGACGAUUCCUUUGGCGGAUCCGACCGAUAUGGUCUUCGUAUCGUGCCCAAGCCCGUCUGGGACGAGAUGUUAGCCAUUGUCAAAUGUCAGGUGUUGAACUCGAUCCAGAACGACUGCAUGGACGCGUUCCUCUUAAGCGAGUCCUCGUUCUUUGUCUACCCUCACAAGCUGAUCCUCAAAACCUGCGGUACAACCACGCUGUUGAUGGCCCUGCCCAAGAUCCUGGAGAUUGCACAGAACUACUGUGGACUCGAAAAGGUCUGGCGUGUCUUCUAUUCCCGCAAGACCUUUAUGUUCCCCGAGCGUCAGUUGCAUGUUCAUCGCGACUGGAAGGACGAGGUGGCCUUCUUGGAUCGCCACUUUGAUCACGGCGCCGCGUACACUGUCGGCAAGGUUAAUGGAGACCACUGGUGUCUGUAUCUGACUGCACCUCAGGACGAUUGCCUCUCGCACAUUACCUCUCGACGUAGCAGUGUCAGCUCUCUGGACAACACCAUCAACCCCAGCAACGAGAAUGGCGAUGUGGUCAUCGUCGGUGGCCACGACGAGAAGGUUCCUCAUCUUUUGAGCAUUGUGACUGAUAAGGGCGUAUCUGAUUUCGGACAGGACUCCCCCUUGGCAUCGCCUGGAUCGUCCUCUGCAUCGUCUGUGGCGUCGUCGUCUUCGUCGAUUUCGAUUGCCACAUCUGCCAGUAGCGCUAGCUAUUUGUAUCCCUCUCACGAUCAGACGGUCGAGAUUCUUAUGACCAACUUGAACCCUGAGGCGAUGAAGCGUUUUUAUCAGAGACCGGACGAUGUUCCGGGCACCGUUGGUGGUGUCCGUGUGGAUCAGGAGACUGGUUUGGCUGGACUCUUCCCUCAGGCGCAACUGGACUCUUUCCUGUUCACACCCUGUGGUUAUUCCGCCAACGCUCUCCAGGACGGCAACUAUUACACGAUCCAUGUGACCCCCGAGCCCGUCUGCUCCUACGCAUCGUUCGAGACUAACAUUCCCGUGGGUCUCCGCAGCAAGAAGAGCAGCAAGGUCUCUGGCAGUAGCACUCCUGUAUCUGCGGCGUCGGCUAGCGAGGAUGGCGAUGCAACUGAAGAUGUGGUCAGCAAGGCGACCUACACUGGUCCUGAGACUUUGACAGAGUUGAUUUCGAAGGUGGUCGAGAUCUUCCAGCCUGGUACCAUGAGCGUGACCCUAUUUUCGUCCCAUAUGACUGAGGAUGGUCAAAUGGAGACGGACCGCCAGAUGGAACGCCGCCAGCGCCGCAUGGUCAAGGCAAUGGGCCGCGUCGCAGGUUUCACCCGUACGGACCGUAUCCUGUAUGAGUUUGAAGGAUGCGAUUUGGUCUUCGGACACUUUGUGGCCAAGGCCUAA